CUCGCCUUCGAGCCGCUGCCCUUUCCAUUAAAAGAGCAGCGAAGUCGAAGCUUACUGUUGCCCGCAUGCGUGUGGUUGCGACCCUAUACACUUCCCAGGUAUGCCUCAUCCCCGUCGACCUUUUAGGCCUUCUAAGCUACACGUCCUAUUGUCAUUCAUGUCCCCGAAUGUUACCCUUGACCCUCUGAAUCUUGUGUCCUUCUUCCUAUAUACCGUUCAUGUCGGGAAAUGAUCAAUUGAUGCUGACUCGACGCGUUGCAGGACUACAUCUCAGGUACGAUGCUCUGUACAGAGUAUAACGAUUGACGCCCUAUAUACUAAUCGACAUGACAGACCACUUGUGGAAGGCCUCGGUAAACUGAGUCCUUUCUCAGAACAUUGCCGCUUUUUCUCUCUUCUGAAUAUCAUAUAAUAUAACCAUCAUGUUUGCCCGUUUCGUUAGACAGGCGGCUGCAAAGCCCAUGCCUGUCAAUGCCAAGUUUGGCAUCCAAAGCCGUCUCAUGGCUACCGUCCAGGGUAGCACUGGUCGUCAGAUGCCCGUCUCCAGCACCACCCGUGGCACUCGCAUUGCCCGUGACCGUGCCACUUUCACUAUCAAGGACGGUCCUGUCUUUUCUGGCAAGUCCUUUGGUGCCAGAUCCAACAUUUCUGGUGAAGCCGUCUUCACUACUUCUCUCGUCGGCUACCCCGAGUCCAUGACCGAUCCCUCCUACCGUGGUCAGAUUUUGGUCUUCACCCAGCCCCUGAUUGGCAACUACGGUGUGCCUUCGUCUAAGCGUGACGAGCAUGGCCUUCUCAAGUACUUUGAGUCCCCCAACAUCCAGGCCGCUGGUAUCGUUGUGGCCGAUGUGGCCGAGCAGUACAGCCACUGGACCGCCGUCGAGAGCUUGGCCGAGUGGUGUGCUCGUGAGGGUGUCCCCGCCAUCUCCGGGGUCGACACUCGUGAGAUUGUCACUUUCCUCCGUGAGCAGGGCUCUUCGCUCGCUCGCAUCACCAUUGGUGAGGAAUACGAUGCCGACCAGGACGAGGCCUUUACCGACCCCGAGCAAAUCAAUUUGGUCCGCCGCGUCAGCACCAAGGCUCCCUUCCACGUGAGCUCUUCGAUGGGCGAUCUCCACGUCGCCGUCAUUGACUGCGGUGUCAAGGAAAACAUUCUCCGCAGCCUCGUCAGCCGUGGCGCCAGCAUCACCGUCUUCCCCUAUGACUACCCCUUCCACAAGGUCGCGCACCACUUUGACGGUGUCUUCAUCUCCAAUGGCCCCGGUGACCCGACUCACUGCCAGGAGACUGUCUACCACCUCCGCAAGUUGAUGGACUCUUCUCAGAUCCCCAUUAUGGGUAUCUGCUUGGGCCACCAGCUGCUCGCUCUGGCCAAUGGCGCCCGUACCGUCAAGCUCAAGUACGGUAACCGUGCCCACAACAUUCCUGCGCUCGACCUCACCACUGGUCGCUGCCACAUCACCAGCCAGAACCACGGUUACGCCGUGGACGCCAACACGCUCCCUAGCGACUGGAAGGAGUACUUUGUCAACCUCAACGACUCGAGCAACGAGGGCAUGAUUCACAAGUCCCGCCCUAUUUUCAGCACCCAGUUCCACCCCGAGGCCAAGGGCGGUCCGCUCGACUCGUCGUACCUCUUUGACGCCUACCUCGAGAGCGUCAAGGCCUACAAGAAGAACCAGAGCAUCUUCCACCCCACCCGUGACAGCCGUCCGAGCCCGCUCCUCGUCGACUUGCUCGCCAAGGAGCGUGUCGGUACUCAGCCGACCAACCCGGGCACCGUCGCCGCUGCCGCUGCCGCCGGCGCUGCCUAAUGGUCUUGUCACACCUUUAUUAAUUCCUAUUUUGAUGCUCUGGUUAUUUCGUGAAAGGCAAAACGGGGGGGAAAUUGGAAGGGCGUAAACCUGCAAAUAUCGUGUUCUUCUUGUAUUGAUUGAUUUGUCGUUUGUCGUUGAUUCAAAAGGUUUCUUUUCAUAGUAUUUUAUUAUCUUUUCUAGAAGAAAUGGAAUAUAAACUGAAUAACAUAUCCACCCUUG